AUGGGCAAUAUGAUGUGCAUUUUAAACAGUCAUCACUUUAAUUAGUUUUAUAAUUUAUCAUGUUUAUUCAAAAUAUACGCUGGCAAAGGAACAGCUACCUUGCUGACGUCAGACAUUACAAACAAGCACGUGCAGGUGUCCGGUGUCACAUUUAGGGUCUUCAGGGUUCUCAAGACGGCAUAAUGGACGACACUCGCCUCAUCGUAGAAGUCGAAAAACAAAAAGUUCUGUAUGAUCCACAAAACAUCAUGUACAAGGACUUAAAUGCUAAGGAAAAAGCAUGGGAGGCAGUUGCAGCUGUUGUUAAUGUCGAUGUUAAUGAAUGCAAGCGAAGAUGGAAGGUGCUGAGGGAUGCUUUUGGUAGACACAGAAAAGGGAAAAAAUGCCCAGUGGUUCUGCUGGAGGCACCGUCAAAGAAUGGAAAUAUGAAAGAGUUAUGUCUUUUCUGUUGCUGUAUAUGCAGCCUAGAAGUUCCAGAAACACUCUGCAAAUUCAGGAGAAUGAACCUGUGGACAUGUCUGUGGCCGAAGUGGAUGUUGAUCCAGACCUGAGUAGACCUUACAGCCCCCUUACUCCGAUACAGAGGCCAGUAACACCCUGUCAGAGCUCAGAAGACCCCACACAACAGUCUGGCUCCUCCACACCACCAACAACUGGAUCAAGAGGUCCCACCCCUAUACCUCCCCCUAUUCACCCCAGAGUACAGGAAUUAAUAACUGAAGGUCAGCAGCACAGACAGAAGAGAAGAAGAACCAAUCAACAAAGUUCCACAGAGCAACAGUUACUAGACAUUAUUACCCAACCAACAACAACGCCAUCACCACACAUCCCAAGACAGGAAGAUGAGAUGUACUAUUUUGCACUCAGUUUAGUUCCAAAACUAAACCGGCUGCUUCCCAGGAACCGCACCAGGGCACAAAUGCAUAUUUUAGGUUACCUGGCUGACCUGGAGUUGGAAGAUGAAAAUCAGAGACAACAAGCCACCCAGGCUCACACUUUGUUUCAAAGUACAGGUAGCCACCCCCCACAAGGAGCAGCAUUUCAGCCUUACCAACCCACACCCACCUAUCAGGAACAACAAACCCAUCACCCCCACCAUGCAACAACGCCCAACAACAUCUAGCACACCAGAACAUUCUGCCAGUUACUAUUAGCAACUGUAGUGAUUUAUAUUAUCUGGAGUUUAUUUUAUUUAAUUGUGUGGUUUGGAAAAUUAUAAUUUCUUAUGUAAAUAGUUGUUUGAUUUAAAUUAUUAUUGUUACUGUUUAUUAUUAAAGUAUUGUUUUACUUUUAAUUAGUAUAAUGUUAAAGCUGGCAUGUUUAUAACAGUUAAGGUUAAAAUAACAGU